AUGCGAGCCUUCACAUGGAUAUGGCUUGCUCUUGGAUCUCUUUUGGCAAAUGUCGAUGCGCUCUCUAUUUCUGGUGACCCUUGUGCUGCUAUUGCUGGCAAGAAGUGGGUUCUUCCAAAGGAAGCUCGCGCAUGCUUGAGCUCGUUUCCUCUGGACCCCCUGAUUAAAGCAAAUGUUCUUGAAGUCGUCAGUAAAACUCUUGCUUUCCACACAUCAACCAAUUACCAGAUCCAAGCACCACCACCUUUUGAUAACGACGUGCACGAGGACCUCGUAGCGGACUUGGAGCGAAUAAGGGCCCAAGCCUAUGCUUCAGAGUUUGAUUUCCAUAAGGAUAUUUACUAUUCGUUCAAACGCGUCAACGACGGGCAUUGUGGCGUUUACAACUAUUGCUAUGAUUCGUUAUAUGUCACAUAUCUACCGUUGCCUCUGGUGCUUUUGACUGCUGGUGAUGGAUCUCAAAACGUUCAUAUUGCGCCCGAGGCGUUUAGAGUUGCCUCUGCAGAGUUUAAGGAUGGAAUUGAUUUCUGGCAAGAGACCCUUCCCGGGCAUCUGAAAGGACAGCUUGCAUCUCUUUCUGGAGCCAAAGUGUUUCUGAUUGACGGAAAGGAUCCAUUUGUCGCCGUCAACGAAUCCGCUAACACAAUGGGUGGGUCUCAAUCCUUUGGCACCCGGCAAAAUUCAUUUUUUGCAAGCUACUCUCGUGGGGCAUCAGGAUGGCAGUACUCUAUGGGGAAUUUUGCGACUAAGGCACACCCCCUCGUUGAUUCCGUUGAACUUACUGUGCAGCGUGUAAAUCACACGACGAACGAUACAUUUACCAUCCCAUAUCGGUCGCGGUUUGGUUCGGCUUCACGGGAAUUCGUCGACUCAGUAUCAUAUCGGGCCAAUAAUUGUGUUGCUACCAACACCACCAAUGGCGUUGAUUUGUAUAGUGACAGUAUCUCUGCACAAGCAUACCAGGAUUCGACGCCACCUAUCUCCUUUUUCCAGCAGCAGCCAUCGGUCAACCCCGAAGAAUCGAAAAAGCUACCCAUGAACGUUGUAUUAGACGGAUUGUCUCUUACCGAUAUCGAUCUUCCAGAACAUCUGCAACCCAGUCUUCCCUCUCUGAAUCAAAGUUACAGUGUUGCACAGUUUUACAUAUUGAACGACAAUCUUACCGGUGUCCUGGCCCUUGGGAGUUUCUCGGCAAAGAACUUUACUCUUUUUGGCGCAAGUUUAUUGGAGGGAUUGUUAGAACUCAAAGCAGCCGGAGUCAAACGACUCAUCGUUGAUGUGACUAACAAUGGCGGAGGCUAUAUAUGCAUCGCGCACUGGCUUCAUCGUAUCAUUAUAGGCCCAAAGGACUCCACGGAACCUCAAGCUGGUCUUGACUCUGCUGCUCGUAGUGGACCUCUUGCCCAAUUAAUUGUGCAAAGAAUUGCCGAUGGUGCUGACCCCAAAGAUAUGCUGAUUUAUAGCCCCACACAGUGGAGCAACGCUUCCCACCAUCAGUUUCCACCACAAGAAAACUGGCUCAAACCGACCAACGUGGUCAUUAAUGGUCACAAUGACUCAUUCAGUCAAAGGCUAGGACAAGAAUGCCAACCAUUUGAAUGGGCUGCUCCUGACUAUGCUCUUUUCGACCCACAAAAUAUUUUGAUUGUUUCUAACGGAAAAUGUGGCAGCUCGUGUUCAUUAUUUAGUAUUACCAUGGCAAAAUUGGAGGGUGUCAGAACUGUUGUAUUCGGAGGAAAGGCGGAUGUUCGGCAACAGUAUUGCGGCACAGUUGGGGGCCAAUCGUUAGGUUUCUCUUCCAUCGACACUGAUAUCAAGUCGACUAAACUUAAGAACCACACCCUGGCACCACCAGAUUUCCUGACAAAUAGCGUACAAGGUAUCACCUGGAGGCUUGGAUACGGCAUUGAAGACCGAAACGCUCCAGAAGAAUGGCAAAGCCACUACGCAAAUAUCAGCAUUCCCCUUACCUUUGAAACAGUCAACAAUCCUGUGGCAAUCUGGGAACACAUUGCAAGGAAGCAUUUCGCGGAACAACUCUCCUUUGUGCUGCAAACGAAUCCGUUGGAUAUACAAUGA